CAGAUUUACUCACAAAAACAAACAAGACUUGAUUUUGUUGAGCCACCAUUAAUUAAUAUAUCUCACUGUUUCUUCUUCUUUCUCAUGGCUAGGUCAGGAUCAAUGAAAAAGAUGAAUGUUGCUUGUGUGGUUCUAAUGAUGAUAAUGAUCAUGAGUAAUAUUGCACCCCAAGCCCAUGCAAUAGGAUGUUCUGAUGUCCUUUCUUACUUGAGGCCUUGCAUUUCCUAUUUGACUGGAGGCGGCGCCGGCGCCGUACCGACCAACUGCUGCGAUGGAGUCAGCUCACUUAAUAAUGCAGCAAAAACCACUUCCGACCGCCAGGAUGCCUGCGUAUGCUUGAAAUCCCUCGCCGGAAAUUUUCCUCCUAAAUCUGUUGCCGCCGCCGCCGCAAUUCCUGGAAAAUGCCAUGUCAAUGUUCCCUACAAGAUUGACCCCAAAACUGACUGCACCAAGGUGGUGUAAGGUUGAGAAAUGGCUUGAUCUAUUUAAGUACUAGUAUGUAUCAAGUAUGAAGAAGAGAAGAAUAAAGAUUGAGAGAGAGUUGACCAUGGAUCUUGAUUCAUAUCUUCACUUGUAUUGUGAAGCCUCCAUCUUGAUUUGAGAGCUUCUUCUAUUACAUAUAUAUGCAUCUUUUUGGUGAAUGGUAAUCAUGUUUUUCUACUUCAUGUUAUGUUUGUUACAUGUAUUCAAUUAUGUCUUUAGAUUGGA